UUUCCCCCAGUGACCUUGACAAGUCAGAAGCUUGAAAGCAGGGAAAUCCGGAUGUCUCAGUUAUGAAGUGGAGCAGCGGGGGCCCCAACAUAUUUCCAGAAGUCUCCAUCCAGACUGGUGAUUGUAUGCUUGUGUUGCUGCCAGUGGCUGUCUGAAGUGCUUCUCUGGCUCUGAAGGGUUUGGCACAAUGACCAAGUGCUUCAGCCCAGUGCUGCUUCUUGCAUCCAUCUGGACCACAAGGCUCUUGGUCCAAGGCUCUCUCCAGGUACAAGAGCUUUCCGCAAUGCCAUGCAGAAUUAUGGGGGUGACCCUUGUGGAAAAAAAGACAAACCCGCAGCUGAACUUCACAGAAGCCCAGGAGGCCUGUAGGCUGAUGGGACUAACUUUAGCCAGCAAAGAUCAGGUUGAAGCAGCACGGAAGUCUAGCUUUGAGACUUGCAGCUAUGGAUGGGUUUCAGACCAGCUCUUAGUCGUCUCUCGGAUUCUCCCAAACCCCAAGUGUGGAAAGAAUGGAGUGGGUGUCCUGACUUGGAGUAAGCUUCUCCAUGAAAAGUAUAAGGCCUAUUGUCACAACUCAUCUGAUAUUUGGAUUAACUCAUGCUCUCCAGAAAUUAUCACCACCGAAGAUCCCAUAUUCCACAUCCAAAGUACAACAUACACCACAGAAAUGGAUGGCAGAGACAAUGUACACCCAACUUCAUCUACUGGUGUCCCUUACUCCACUAAACCUCUUCCUGUUCUGACUUCCACUUCUCCACGAAAAAGGAAAUUAAUUUGCAUAACAGAAGUUUAUAUGGAAACUACCACCACAUCUACAGAAACUGAAUCACAUGGUGAAUAUACAUCAAGAUUCAAAAAUGAAGGUGCUGGGUUUGGAGGUGUUCCCACGGCUCUACUGGUGCUUGCACUCCUGUUCUUUGCUGCUGCAGCUGGUCUUGCCAUUUGCUACGUCAAAAGGUAUGUAAAGGCCUUCCCUUUUACAAACAAGAAUCAGCAGAAGGAAAUGAUUGAAACCAAAGUAGUAAAAGAGGAGAAGGCAGAUAAUAGCAACCUCAAUGAAGAAUCAAACAAAACUGAUAAAAAGCCAGAAGAGCCCAAGAGUCCUCCCAAAACUACAGUGCGGUGCCUGGAAGCUGAAGUUUAGAGGAGAAAGAAAUGAGAGAACACACCUGAGGCUGAUUUCUUUCCUGACACGCAUCCCGGCCCCAAAUGGGGAAACUAAGAGAGCCAAAGAACCAAACAAGAAAGUCCAGCCUUGCUUCCUACCUGGAAUUGGCUCAGGGGCACCUUUGGACUAUGUAGGUAACAACAGCAAAUUCCCUUCUUACUGCAAGCCUUGCUGAAUCCUAUCCUUCUGCCUCCAGAGCUUCCCACAGCUUUUCUAGCCUCGUAAUGUCCUAAUAAUAUCCCAGUGGGAGAAAGGAGCUUUUCAAAGCACAGGGAUCUAAAACAGCUAACCAGGGCACAUUUGAGAAGAGGCCUCUGGGCUGGCUGAGAAUAGGUGAGUAGAGAGCCAAGAAGCCACCGAAACCAAGGCUUUCUCUAUUGACUCCAGAGCCCAGAUCCCUUCUUCAGCUCUGAAAAGGAAACAUUUACACCACUUGGCAUGUUCUUCUGAGCCAGGUAAGGGCAAAAGAAGGAAGGAAAACUUUAGCAACUGAAGGCCAUAGAGAUUCCCAUGACUUGAGACCUGAUAUCUGUAAAACCAAACCAAAGAAAAAGAAUGAAGUUGAGGAAAUGACAGCAUAUUGUCAGCAGGGACUAUGACUACAGACAGGGUCAAAAUAUUCAUCUCUGAGCAAUUGGAGUUGGAAUCACUCUUCAGAAAUACAAACAUUUUCUUUUCUCCCUCUUCUGCUGCUCCUGUUCUCUCUUCUUCUCUCCCCCCCCCUCCACACACACACAUACACACACACAAGAAACCAAAGAAUAUUUCUUACAAAUUUUUAUUUUUAUUUGAGUUAAUUAUCACUGAAAUAAAGUACUGUGUUAAAAAGCAAUAAAAUUCAACAAAAAUUUGCUGAACACCUACUAUAUAUGCACUAUACAAGGUAUUACCCUCUGUAACUGAAUAUAGUUCAGUUACAAAAGAUUGUUCAGUUACAAAAGAUUGCAUAUAAUACAAUGUUGUCUGAAGCUGAUUGUUUUGUUUUGAUAUCCUUAGCUUAUCCACUUUUAAAACUACUUUUUUCUGAGACUAAUUAAUUAAUUUUCUCUAAUAUGGCAACCAUUAUAAUGUUAAUUUAUUAUUAACAUAGCUAAAAAGUACAUUAUUACCUUUAUACACCAAUGCACAUUUUUAAUGUCAUUAACAAAUGUAUCACUAGCUCUCCUUUUUCCAGCAAGAAGAACCUGAGAGGUGCAGAAAUAUUUGUAAAUAUUUGUGCCAAAAAUAAAAGCAUUUAGAAAA